AUGUCUGCCGAAUCUGUCCGUUUAAUUGUUGAUUCUCUAAAUAAAGAUCCCUUCAAUUUAUCGACAACAUUAAUUGCUUUCGAUAAUUUUUCACCGAAUCGUUUACUGCAAGUGUUGAGUGAUGUGCUGUGUUGGGUGACUCAAACCGAUCAAAUUGACAUCCGAAAUGAAGCUCCAGAUCAAACGGCGCUGAGAGUUUUCAACAAUUUGAAAAUCUUGAAAUUUAGACCACCAUCCGAUAUUGAACAACUCGAAGAAUGGCGUAUUGGAAUGGUCGAGGGCUCAAAAGCCUCAAUCUACCCAGUUCUCUUCUAUUUGUUCUCUAACGUUGAAAUGUUAAAAGAAAGAGCUUACUUGGCAAAAUUUCUCGUAAAAGUCGAAGUGCCAAGUGAAAUUCACGAUGCGGAUACUGUACAACUCCAAAAUGACAUCAUUACAUGUAUGGAGAGAUUCAAGGAAAUUCAUCAAAAGGUCGUUCAAGUGCGUGGUGAUUCGAUGCUCAUUGAGGAUAUCAAGGCUGAUUUGAGACAGAUGGAACAGGAAAAGGAACAACUCAAUCGUCGAAUCGAAAAGAUUCGACGAAAAGUCGUCAAUAUGCCCAACUUGGAUCGAAUUAUUUCCGGUGCAGAAGCUCAUCGGCGAGAAUUGGAACGAUUUGAGACAUUGAAUGUUCAGAGACAAGAACAAAGAAAUGCUGUAAUCAAUGCUGAUCAAAAGAUUCAACGAUUGGAGAGUCAAUUGAAAGAAGUGAGGCAACAAGCAGAGACACUUGAUCCGAGUGAUCUAAUCGCACAAUUGGAUGAAGAGAUGGAAACAAAUGGUUUCUUAAUGCAGAAAUUAGAACGAGAGAUUCGAACGAAGAAAGGAGUGGUGAUUGAGUUGGCAAGAGUGUCCAAUCUACCGACAAUUGAUCAGUCAGAAGUUGACGAUCUGAAAAGAGAGGUAGAUGCAGUGAAUGCUCGUCUAAUCGUUCUCGAAGAGGAUCGGGAUAAACGAGAGGAAGGAUAUGAUGAGAAUUUCUCCAUUUAUCGACAUCAAGCAGCGACGGUGGAGAGGAAGAAAAAUGCUGCCGCUUCACAAUUACAAGAAGGAAGGAAUGAUCUUGAUGAAAUGCAUCGUCGUUUGGCUCAAAGAAAAGAUGAAAUGCGAACUAAUAAUGGUGGAGAGGAUGUUGUCACUUCUUUGCAGUUUAAAAACUACGUGAACAAACUUCGGGGAAUGACGAUCACUUACAAAAAGAAAAGAGGAGAAUUGGAGGAUAUUAAGUCAGAGAAUCUCAUUUUGACAAGAACUUGUGAGAUUUUGGGGAAACAAUAUCAAGAGCUCAAAGAUAAAAUGGAAGGGAUGGGAAUGUUAGUGAUGGAGACGAUUGAAGUACCGACAAGAAUAGAAAGGCCAAAGACUGCUGCUCCAAAAACUGAUGAUAUCGAUGAAUUACGAAAUCUGAUCAAUGACUUGAAUAUGCAACUCGAUCAAAAGCGAUCAUUGGUGGCACCGCUGAAAGAGAAAAGAGAUGAGAUCUCAGCUAGAUUGAAUGAUACUCUGGAAAGUAUGCGGAAUCAACGAAAAGACUAUGAAAGGCAGCGAGCCGCUUUGGAGAGCAAUUUCACUCGAUUGCAAGAUAACGUCGAGCGCCUUGAAGGUCAAUACGAGGCAGCACAAUUGAAAGCAAAAAUGGCCGAGGUUCAGGUAAAAGUAGCUGAAGCUCAUUUGGAACAAAUUGAAUCUGGGAAUAUUGGACAGAUCACUCAAGAUAUCGAGGAUCUCACGCAGAAAUAUCAACAAGAAGCUGAUACAAUUCAACAAAGAGGAGGAGGGCAGGGCGGAGGAAGCGAUUCAAAGAAACAAAUGCAAAUGUGGCGAUCACUCGAGAGAAUCUUCGAGCUGAAGUUGGCACUCGCGAGACAAGAUCCAUCAAAAAGUGAUCUACCAAUCGGUGACAGAAGGGCUGGUCGUUUU